AUGGCUAUCGAAAGCGCUGAACGUCGAUGUCGGUUGAGAGGGGGUCAGAGAGGCAACUUGUGUGCAAGUUUUGUGUUUGCAAGGUUCCUCUCCACUCAAUCGAUCGAUCCAACCCGGACACCUUACGAGGAAGACGACGAGUCUGGGUCUGUAUCAAGCGACAUCAUUGCAAGUACUAGAACCGUGAAACGACAAGAGGCUGCAUCAACAUCUACAGGCCCCGGGGAGACCAGCACUUCGAGCCCUCCAGAAAGUGUCGCCGGUAGACAAGCGGCCAGCAACGUCAGGGUACUGGGGCUACUAUCAGUUGUCGUUACUCUCCUGUAA